UUGAUAAAGGGUGGCGCCGGGCGGCGCGUGGCGCCUUGUGGUGUAUUCCGCUGCCGGCGAGCAUUUCUUUGUGCCAGCGAGCCCCGCUCUGCCGCCUAUAGCGCUCUUGAACCCGGCCCUGUCCCGCAUAUAACGCCGCCCUUUUAAAAUCUCUUUUUUCUUUUCGUCGCCCGCAGCGGGGUUGGGCUCGGCCAUGUUCAGCUGGGUGAGCCGCGACGCGCGGCGGCGCAAGGAGCCCGAGUUGUUCCGCACCGUUUCGGAGGGGCUGAAGCAGCUGUACGCCGGCAAGCUGCUGCCGCUGGAGGAGUACUACCGCUUCCACGACUUCCACUCGCCCGCGCUGGAGCCCGCCGACUGGGAGAGCAAGCCCAUGGUGCUGCUGGUGGGCCAGUACAGCACCGGCAAGACCACCUUCAUCCGCCAUCUGCUGGAGCAAGACUUCCCCGGCAUGCGCAUCGGGCCCGAGCCCACCACAGACUCCUUCAUCGCCGUCAUGGGCGGGGAGAGCGAGGGCGUCGUCCCGGGCAACGCGCUGGUCGUCGACCCCCGACGGCCCUUCCGCAAGCUCAACGCCUUCGGGAACGCCUUCCUCAACAGAUUCAUGUGCGCCCAGCUGCCAAACCCUGUGCUGGACAGCAUCAGCAUCAUUGACACCCCCGGGAUCCUUUCUGGAGAGAAGCAGCGGAUAAGCAGAGGCUACGACUUUGCCGCGGUCCUGGAGUGGUUUGCGGAGCGGGUGGAUCGCAUCAUCCUGCUCUUUGACGCCCACAAGCUGGACAUCUCAGAUGAGUUUUCGGAGGUGAUCAAGGCCCUGAAGAACCACGAGGACAAGAUCCGGGUAGUGCUGAACAAGGCGGACCAGAUUGAGACGCAGCAGCUCAUGCGGGUCUACGGGGCCCUCAUGUGGUCCUUGGGCAAGAUCAUCAACACACCCGAGGUGGUGAGAGUCUACAUCGGCUCCUUCUGGUCGCAUCCACUCCACAUCCCGGACAACCGGAAGCUGUUUGAGGCAGAGGAGCAGGACCUCUUCAAGGACAUCCAGUCUCUCCCACGGAAUGCCGCCCUCCGGAAGCUCAACGACCUCAUCAAGAGGGCCAGGUUGGCCAAGGUCCACGCCUACAUCAUCAGCUCCCUGAAGAAGGAAAUGCCCAACGUCUUCGGAAAGGAGAGCAAGAAGAAGGAGCUGGUGAGCAACUUGGGGGAGAUCUACCUGAAGGUCGAGAGGGAGCACCAGAUCUCCCCGGGGGAUUUCCCCAGCCUUCGUAAAAUGCAGGAGCAGCUGAUGGCGCAGGAUUUCAGUAAAUUCCAGCCCCUGAAGCUGAAGCUGCUGGAUGCUGUGGAUGACAUGCUGGCCAACGACAUCGCCCGUCUUAUGGUGAUGGUGCGGCAAGAGGAGUCGCAGAUGCCGACGCAGGUGGUGAAGGGUGGGGCGUUUGAGGGCACCAUGAACGGGCCUUUUGGCCACGGCUACGGAGAGGGGGCAGGCGAGGGCAUCGACGACAUGGAGUGGGUGGUCAGCAAAGAUAAGCCGACGUAUGACGAGAUCUUCUACACCCUCUCACCCGUCAACGGCAAGAUAACGGGCGCCAGUGCCAAGAGGGAGAUGGUGAAGUCCAAGCUGCCCAACACUGUCCUGGGCAAGAUCUGGAAACUGGCGGAUGUGGACAGGGACGGGCUUCUGGAUGAUGAGGAGUUUGCGCUCGCCAACCAUCUCAUCAAGGUAAAGCUGGAAGGUCACGAACUCCCUGCCGAUCUUCCCUCCCACCUGGUGCCUCCCUCCAAGCGCCGGCAUGAAUGACGCUCCUCCUGGCAGGAGGGGGGUACCUCUUGACUCUGCUCAGCCUCGGCACGCUUCUGGUGCCCACCAAACUGCUGCCAGCAGGACCUGCCUUUGAACUUUGCCACCUGCGAGAGCAAAAAAAAACCUUUUUGAAGGAACGGAGCCCGGGCACAAUAACAAUUUUUUUGGGGGAAAUGUUUAAUACAUCAACUAUGUUUGAGGCAAUGGUCUUGUGUGGUGUUGCGGAGAUUGCUGUCUCUUCAUUCUAGUUGGUCUGCUUUUCUCUAGACGAGAACCUCUGUGUAUGUGUGGGGGGAUGCCCUUUUUCCAUCAGCCUAUUCUUUCUUCACCAGGUGUGUUGUUUGAAAAAGGGGGUGCCCAUCCCAGCAGCUCCCUGAUGAAUGGUUUGCCUGGGCCGAGUUGUAUGUGACGUCGUGCUUUUCUCUCCCACAGAUGGUUUUCUGGUUGACAUUUGGCAAGGAGGAACACGCUGCAUGCACCCUCCUCGCACCCGCUGGUGUUGUGGGGCUGGUCUUGUGCCUCUUGUUGCUUGUAGAGACACACACCCUGGCACCUCUGGGGCACGAGCAAGCUGUGGUGACCUCUGAGCGCACUUCCGCACUGUCCCCUUGCUGUCACAGUCACAUUCUUGGAACACUCCUCACAUCCACCCUGCCGAUUUUAACACCUGACAUUUGGACUGCCUUGCUGGUUAAAAAGCCCCAGGCCAAAGCAGACAUCACUUCCCCAUCACUCUUAGCCCCCCCUCCUGUUCUAGCCUUCUCUGAAUCGGGCCCGAGAUGCCACUUUGCAAGAUUGAUACUGGGGUUGGGGUGACUGAGUAAACUUCCCACUGGGUAGACUGGCCUUUCAAUGGAGGGGUGGGUCUCCCCAGAGCUAGAAAAACCUCACUCAGCGUAGCUCUUAAAAAUUGGUUGUACCUUCACAAAGUGGUGCCAAAGAGGAUUUUGCUCACAUCUUGGUAGGAAGAGUUAACUGUGCAUAGACUCCCCCUCCCCCCGCCUCCAUGUUGUGCUGUCUUGGGCAAGAAUGGAUGGGAAUGAAUUUGUGGGGAGGAGGUGGGGGCACUGCAUAGAAGGGUGGUGGUUCUCCAUAUCGCAAGGAGUUCCUGGCAGGAGUUGGCGCAAGGAGGUCUGUGGGGAGAAGCUGGGCUUGCGUGUGCCCGUGGUCUCUGCAGCUGAUCCGGUCCUGGUCUUGUGCAAGCUCUGUGGGAAUGGAUUUGAAGCCUUCCUGGUUGUAGGUUACAUCUGAAGAGAGAGGCUUAUGAUCCUCUCCUGGAGGAAAAGAAGUAGUUGGAGAGUUGUAUUACUGGCUGCCCAAUAAAUCUUCAGCCUGCAGGUGGGGGCAUAACUCCUUUUUUUCCUCUCUGCCAGAGGUGCAAAGGAAAAUGGACUGGUACAGUAUUUUAACCCUGUAAGUGAAACACAAUUGGCCUCUUCUGUUCAGAGCAGCUUAGGAGGAGAUCCUACUAAGACACAAGAGGAUGUCAAAAGUGCAUUCGGUGUGGGAAGUGGAGGGGCUGUUAAAUGUUCCAACCACGCCCCUUACAUUAAAGUUGAUUUUGGAGUUUUGCA